AAAAAUAAAAAUGAGAAAAUGCUCCUAAAGUGGAAUUGGCAUUGGCAGUAGCAGUGGCAGCCCAUAUGAACUGUUUUUCCCAGAUGACAACAAAACAAAAUAUAAAGCAAAAAGUUAAAGCUUAUUACAAACACCUCUCUCUCUCUCUUUCUCUCUCCAUAUUCUACAGUAGACUAAGAGAGAGAGAAGAACUAGGGAGGAGGGUAGAGCUCCAUAGCUCGGCUCUACUACUACUACUACUACUCAAAAACAAGAAGAAAAACUGCCCACUAAAAGUAAAAGCAGGAAAACUCAUUUUGUUUGUUCAUUACUUGAGCUCUGUACAAGAAGAAGGAAGAAGACGACGACCCACUACGUAAUUUGCCAAAAUAAAACCGACCCACCGAGGUUUUUUUUUUUUUUUUUUGGCUCUUCUUUUUUGUUGGUGCUGUUGUUGUCGUUGAGCUAGUGCUUGAGUUGUACGGGAUUUUGCCGUACACGAUUCGUCUUCUUCGUUUCGUUUGAUUUGUUUGAGUCAAAGAUUUCUUCAUGCAAAACUGAGACUAUUUCAUGGUUAAGGGACUAUGGAGUUUAUACCAGAUCCAAAUAUGAUUCCUGGGAAACCUCCUAUUCUUAAUGAGGUAUCAAAUUCACACCCACAUUCACAUCCACAUCAACAUCCACACCCACACCCACACCCACACCCACAUUCACAUACACAUAAUGCCUCUGGAAGAGAAGUGGGCCAAUUAUCACAUUUACAUAAACUCCCGGCUAUGGUCAGAGAAGCUGCACCAGUAAGAGAAAUGGGUGUAUUGUCAAAUGGACGCUUGGCUUUUCUGACAGAGGAGCUAGCCUCAACAAGAGAAAUGACUGCUCAGUUAUCGAGAGCACGCUCGGUUUCCUUGAAAGAAGUUGGUAGGCCUGAUGUGCGAGAUGCUCAAGAUUUUGACUUACCUGUUCCACUGCCUGUAAGAACAUGGAAAGGAAAGGCCUCUCUACCGGAACUGGAGGAUCUUAUGUUUGAUGCUGUUACGUUUAAGGACACUGGCGAUCAAAUUGAUGACAUUGGUCCUAGUUCUUUCUCUGGGGUUAGUCAUCCCCCUGAACCUGUUGAUACUGAUCUAAUGAGAACAGUUUAUGUUCCAAUUGGUCGAAAUAAAUCUGAGGCUGGAUGCUUGAUGAAGAGCAUGUCUAUGAAGGGUCCUUUUCUAGAAGAUCUUUCAAUUCGGGUUCCUCCUAAGAAGCCUAGUUCAGCUGCUCUUUCCCCUGCUGAAAGUUUGGUUGAGGAACCUGCUGAUAUGGGUGGAUUGUCUCCACAAUUUUCAGUCCCUCGGGCAUCACAGAACACUGAUACUUCACUCCCUCCAGAUUCUGAGGAGAAAGAAUGUGUGUGGGAUGCUUCUUUGCCUCCAAGUGGCAAUGUGAGUCCACUCAGUAGCAUUGACAGUACUGGUGUUGUCACUGCAAUGAGUAUCGUUAAUAGCUGUGCUAGUACCUAUCGAAGUGAUGCUGUCACUAGUGAUGGUAUGCUUAGUAUAGAGAGGAAUUGUGAGAGCAACAAGUGCAGUGUUAGAGGGGAUUCGCUUGAAAGCGCUAAAACUAGUGUUAGUCGAGCAAGUGAUAGUAGUGGCCUCAGUGAUGAUAGUAACUGGAGUAACAUUACUGGAAGUGCAAAUAAGCCACACAAAGGAAAUGAUCCAAGAUGGAAGGCUAUUCUUGCCAUAAGAGCUCGUGAUGGAAUUUUGGGCAUGAGUCAUUUUAGAUUACUGAAACGACUUGGUUGUGGUGACAUUGGCAGUGUGUAUCUCUCAGAACUUAGCGGCACACGCUGUUAUUUUGCAAUGAAAGUAAUGGACAAGGCAUCCCUUGCUGCUAGGAAGAAGUUGACUAGAGCUCAGACAGAAAGAGAAAUAUUACAACUGCUUGACCAUCCAUUCCUUCCUACUUUGUAUACUCAUUUCGAGACUGAUCGAUUCUCCUGUUUGGUAAUGGAAUAUUGUCCUGGUGGUGAUCUUCAUACUUUGAGGCAACGACAACCCGGGAAACAUUUCUCUGAGUAUGCUGCACGAUUCUAUGCUGCAGAGGUUCUCUUGGCCCUUGAGUAUCUUCACAUGCUCGGAGUUGUCUACAGAGACUUGAAACCUGAAAAUGUGCUUGUCCGUGACGAUGGCCACAUAAUGCUUUCCGACUUUGAUCUUUCCCUUCGAUGUGCUGUUUCGCCAACAUUAAUAAAAACCUCAUUUGAUUCUGACCCUUCAAAGAGAGGAGCGGGUGGAGCAUUCUGUGUUCAGCCUGCCUGUAUCGAGCCCUCAUCAGCAUGUAUCCAGCCUGCUUGUUUUAUUCCCAAGAUCUUCCCUCAGAAGAACAAAAAGAAAACCCGAAAAACUCGAACUGAUUUUGGCUUUCCUUCAAGUGCACUUCCAGAGCUUGUUGCAGAACCUACAACGGCUCGUUCCAUGUCCUUCGUUGGCACCCACGAAUACCUUGCCCCAGAAAUUAUCAAGGGGGAAGGCCAUGGCAGUGCAGUUGAUUGGUGGACAUUUGGCAUAUUCUUGCACGAAUUGCUUUAUGGUAAAACACCUUUCAAAGGUUCAGGAAACCGCGCCACGUUGUUCAAUGUGGUUGGACAACAACUCAGAUUUCCUGAUUCACCAGCAACUAGUUAUGCCAGUCGGGAUCUGAUCCGAGGUUUGCUGGUAAAGGAACCCCAACACCGGCUUGGGGUGAAAAGGGGCGCCACUGAGAUCAAGCAGCACCCAUUCUUUGAAGGGGUAAAUUGGGCUCUAAUACGAUGUAGUACUCCGCCAGAAGUGCCAAGACCCAUGGAGGCCGAGCUUCCUGGGAAAUAUGGUGCGGUUGAACCAAUUGGUGUAGGUAGCACAAGUAAGAGGAUGGCUGGCGGUGGAGGGGUAGGAGGAGGUCCGGGAGGGGACAUGAAAUCCGGGGGUAAAUUUCUCGACUUCGAAUUCUUCUAGUUUUUUGGAUUGGAGAAUUUUUGUGCCAUGUUCUAUUAGUACUAUCAAAGUUUACCUUGCAAAAGAAUAUGCCUCAUUACUACUGUGUUCUGCUAAUGAAGUUUAUCUCACCUUACCUUCUAAAACAAAA